UCAAAGACACUGCUUCCCUGACCCCAUAGUGACAACUCUGGCAUUGGCCUUUUACUGAUUCAAAGCAGCGGAUGCUGAGCCUUGGUGUAACUGUCCAUUCUCCAUUUCUAGCCAUCGGUCGAGUACGAGGUAGGCUAAAGCCUAGUCACACAGCUGUUAACAUCUGGAUCCUGGAUCAUGUCUGCUAACAAGGGCUGGUGGGUGCCACCAGAGGGUGAGGACAACCUGUCCAAGAAGUUCCUAAGGAAGACCAGGGAGUCUCCACUGGUGCCUAUAGGUGUAGCAGGCUGCCUGGUGAUAGCAGCAUUCAGGAUUUACCGGCUCAAGGCUCGGGGCUCCACCAAGCUGUCCAUCCAUCUGAUUCACACCAGAGUGGCGGCACAGGCUUGUGCUGUGGGGGCCAUCAUGCUUGGUGCCAUGUAUACAAUGUACAGAGAUUACAUCAAGAGGGUGUCAGAGGAUGCUGAGAAGUAGGACUCCUGAGGCGGCAGGAUGGCCCAGUCCCCUGGCUGUCUGUAUGUGCCUAAUAAAGCUAUGCUGAGAAAAGUGACAAGCCUUACUACUGAGCGGUACAGGGAACUGGUGGCUGGAGGGAGGUCCCAGGACAAUGGGGUGGGAACCAAAGGGCUCUGGCCCCAACUCAAGGGGAGAGAGCGAGACUCUGGGUGCAAUUGUCUGUCUCCUAGGAGACGGACCUCAGUUCCCAGGGUCCCAAACUCCUAUACCACUUCAGCCAGAAGCA